AUGGGGAAUCAAGUUUCCUCUUCUCCUACACCUUCUCAUGAUUAUCAAGAAGGUCGAUAUGGAGGCGCAGUGGCUGCAGCAGCGGCUGCCAACAUGGAGAAUCAUGGAGCUCCACAGAAGCUGCAACGGCCUAAUUACAAUAAGCCUGUCAUCAGCUCUGACGAAGCAGUGCGAAUCUAUGGUGGGAUAUGUGUCACAGAAAUAUAUGGAACGAAUUCUACUCGGACGGUCAUCAAUCGUAAUAGGCGUUAUUAUUAG